AUGGGUAUCCCUGUUCAGCUAUAUCAUGAACAUUCCGUCGGGAUUUGCGAUGCCGUAGCAAACAAGAAUGGCCAGGUAGGAACUACAAGACCGACUACCGCCCUGACCAGAAGGCUAAGCGCGCGCAGCUUGAGUUUAGGCCGGGAUUGGCGUCUGCAAAGAGUCCAAUUAAGUCAAAACACAAAUCUUCUCAGUUCAAGUAGCAACAAGCGUUCUGACGGUGCCUUUUGGUGUUUUUGGCGUGAAAAUGGCACCGGGGUAGGGAUUGUUGACGACAGCGGAUCCAUCGUGAACACGGGUGACUUGCGAACAACUUUAGCCACGAAUUUCUUGUCCAUGGAUGCUGUCGAUAGUUCGUCUGUGGUAUUUGGAUCGCAACAAGGACACCAUGGACUCUUUAACUUGCAGACGGGAUCGGUACGGUACAACCCGGCGGUGUUGACGCAACCGGUGUCGCACAUGUGGCAUCGUGGCACUGGCCGUUCUUCUCAAAUGAUCGCGUUCUCAAAGGCCGAUGCCAGCAUUUCCGUCACUGAUCUCCGCAACUGGACCACUUGUAUGGUGAGUCUGAGAAUUUCGUCACAAUAUCACGCUUUGGAUGCAGACUUGAAUCCGGACGCUACACUAGUUGCCAUGCAUAACGGCAAAUCAGCGUAUCUAUGGGACCUGACCUGGCCUAACAAACCUGAUGGUAUACCUGGUCUAUUUCUCGAAGAUGACGAACAGAUCGUUACAUUGAAGUUCGCAACCACCAGUGACUCGCUGCUCAUAGCAACCACGCAUAGGCUCUUAAUUUAUGAACCGGGCUCUCGUGCAGCUCUAAUCUGCCACGUACGGAAGGAAGCGUUUUACGACUUUUUCGAUCACGACACCAAAAUCGUGGUCGAACAACAGCACCUGUAUGGAACCCACAUCGCAUGCUUCGCGGUCGAUGAGCUCACAUCUAGAUGGGCUCCUGUAGGAUAUGCCGAUGUGAGGGCUCAGUUUGGGAUUCAUAAAGUCUACAAGUUCUACGCUCUACGUUCUCGCCUUCAUCUGGUAGCUGAUUCUGGCAACUACUGCCAACUUGCUACUGCUGAUGUACCUCAGGCUGUCUAA